CUGGCAGUGACGUUAGCCACGUCGUGCAACGCACAUUCGCGCGCAAGUUUGUUUUGUCAUUUCGGACGUCUGUGAGCUCGACUGCUSGGAAAAAUGCUGCGCAAAAAGCGACGCUCUUCUGUAGAACAAGGUGAAGGAACAACUACAUCCACCACACCGCUGAUGGAGGACUCAGUAUUCCACGUAUGAUUAUUAAUCAGCUCAAAUGGYUAGACAGAGUGGUGGACACCAAGGAACUGUCAGAGAAGCUGAUGGAGCUAGUCUCAGUAGCACCAGUCGAGGUGCAGCGUGACAUCAUUACCAGUUUACCGGAGAUACUGGAAGACUCCCAGCACAAUGAUAUCGCCCGACAGCUCAAUUCGUUGCUCCAKGAGAACACCCAGCUGACAGUUCCUAUCCUGGAUGCCCUCUCUAGUCUUAACCUAACUUUGUCUUUGCUGUCAGAGGUCCGAGAAGCUGUCAUGGCCACGCUCGCUGCCGUGCAACUAGAAGACCUUCCUGUGGUGGUCAAGUUCAUCCUGCACUCUGUUUCUGCCUCUGAUGCUUCUGARGUGGUGUGUAGUCUCCGUAGAAAGCUAGAACUGGAGCAGUGUGUUCUUCCUCCUGUGCUACAGGCCUCUCAGAGUCGCAUGAAGAGCAAAGGAGCAGCAACAUGUGCUUCCACGCCAGCAGCUGGAAGCAGUCAGGACAGCGUUGCAUUGAUACUCGACUGCAUAAAGUCAGCGGUGCGCUUCCAGAAAACCAUUUCUGAGGCUUGGCUUAAGGCAAUAGAAUCUGUGGAUGAAAUAGAGGAACAUAAGGUUCUAGAUCUGCUGGUUCUGUUUAUCCUCCACUCCACCAACGCCAACCAGAGCCGACGGGGGGCAGAGAGAGUCCUGAAGCUCAAAGUGAGGACUGGACUCCUGCAGGAGGCUCUGCUGCAGAAAGCCUUCAGGGACUACUCUCAGGUGAUGCGAGGCUACUUCCGUUCCAUUCUGGCACUUGCUCAGAGUUUGCUGCGCUCUCCGGAUCCCUGCGUGGUGCCUUUUGGUGGGCACAUGUACCGACACGCGUUCUCCGUGUUUGACUCCUACUGCCAACAGGAGGUUGUGGGGUCUCUGGUGACCCACGUGUGCAGUGGUGUGGGUGGGGAGGUGGAUAUGGCUCUGGAUCUACUCUGCUCUCUGGUUGUGGAGAAACCCUCAGAAAUGGCUCUAUAUGCUGUUUUUGUUAAGGGGAUCUUGGACUACAUGGACAACCUCACACCCCAGCAGAUUCGAAAACUCUUCCAGCUUCUGAGCAAACUGGCAUUUGGGCAGCAGCAACAAGGGUCUCACAUCCAGGACGACAUGCACAUAGUGAUCCGCAAGCAGCUGUCCAGCACUGUGCCCAAAUACAAGCGGAUAGGCAUCAUCGGUGCCGUGAUGAUUGUAGGCAGUAUGGGAGCUUUAAGGCCUAAAGGGAAGGACUCACAGAGUGGCUCCUUGUCUCACGACACUCUGAGACAGGUCACAGCUCUUUUGGAGCUGGUGAAGUCGAGCAGUGAAAGCUCCCCCGAGGCGGCAGCUCUGUACUACGACGAACUGGCCAACCUAAUGUGGAGCUCUACACUGGACCCACAGGUGCAGGAAAUGAUUGGGAUGAGUGUUCUGGAUGACUUCCAAGAUGACUUUGUGGUGGACCUGGGGCCAGAUAUAACCGGUUCCUUUCCUUUUCCAGCCCAUGUGAUGUACAACCUGGAUGAGGAGGAGAGUCAGGGGUCUAUCGCCAUCAACCUGCUGCCUCUGUUGGCCAAAGAGACCCAAAACAAAGUAGAGCAGCAAACUCUAAGCAAGAAACCACAGAAGCACGUGUCCUCUCUGUGUUUAGCUCCAUUUUUCCGCCUCUUGAGGCUUUGUGAGGAGAAGCGGCACAAUGGAGACCUUGAAGAAAUUGAUGCUCUUUUAGGAUGCCCACUGAUCCUGACAAACAUGGAGGUUGUGGAGAAAGUGGAGAGCCUCUCGAAGGCUGAGAGGGAGUUCCUUUGUUCUCURCUCUUUCACACCAUCAACUGGUUCAGAGAGGUUGUAAAUGCCUUCUGCAGGCAAAAAGAAACGGAGAUGAAGAUGAAAGUGAUGACUCGCCUGCAGAACAUCACUUACCUGCAAACGAUGUUGGAGAGGACUCUCGCAGGAACUCCUGGUUACAUCCCACCUAUUUCCAACUUUGAUGGAGAGAGCACAGAUGGGAUCGCACUAAGUUUUACCGUCCCUGCUAAUAAAGCCAAGAAAGAUGGUGCAGGAAAGAAGAGGAAAGCUCCUGGGAAGAAUUCCGUAGAAGGAUGUUCCCUGUCUGAGGAGGCGACUGAAGCAGAUGAAACUCAGCAGGAGCAGCCAGAAAAGGAGAAGGAAAAAGAGGUCCGCCCCGGCGUCAGUUUGACCGCCUACAGACCGUUUUUCAGAGAGCUGGACUUGGAGGUGCUCGGCGUGCUGGAGUGUGGUCUGCUGUCGCGCUCGCUGCUGGACUCGGAGCAGCACACCAAGGUGCGAGAGGAUGUGCUGCUGGGUCCCGGUGAGCUCGUCUUCCUGCUGGAGGACAUGCUUCACAAACUGGAGUUCAGUCUUACAGCUGCCCCUGCCAGGAGAGCCCCUUUCCUCAAGGCCAGGGCUGAUAAAAGCAUAGGUUUUUCCCACCUCCAGCAGAGGAGCUCCAAAGACGUCACCUCCUACUGUGUCCAGCUGUUGCCCACUCUCUGCACACACCUGGAGAACUGCCACAAUCAUUUCCAGACGCUGCUGUCUGAGAACAACGGAGUUGUGGAUGGGCCGGCUACAGACGUUCAGGAGCAUCAGUUAAUGUCUUCUGGUUACCAGCUGCUCCUGCAGGUCCUGAACACGACGUUUAGCUGGUCUGGAUUCAGUCAGCCGGGACACAGGAACUUAUUAAAGAAGGCUUUGGGAGUUUUGGCUGGACGCCUUAAAGAAGGAGGUUCUGAGCUGACCUUGGAGCAGCUUGUGAAACACAGUUUUAAAUACCUGCUGAACUUCCGCAGCACGAUGCCAAACCUCAGCACAGCCCUGUCUCUCUCCCAGCUUCUGUCCACGGUGUCAGAGAAAGGAGGGAAUCCAGCCGCCUACAGAGAGCAGACCGCUUCCCUCGCUCGUCAUUUUCUAAACCAAGUCUGGGUGACGGCAAGCGGCGAGAAGGAGAAGGGGAACAAGUUCAACGAGGCUCUUCACGCUCUCCUCGGCAUUUACCUGGAGCAUGUUGACGAUGUUCUGAAGGCAUUGGAAGAAAUAACUGGAAAAGGAAUCCCUGAGCUGCUUGAUGCAUCCAAGGAGGAUAACUCUGCCUCCUGGCCCACUCUCAAUAGACAGACGUUCCUGGUGUUUUACAAAGUGAUGAUGGCAGAGUUGGAGAAAGCUGCCAGAAAGAUUCCUGCUGGCCAAAUGAGUGACGACUCUGAGGCUCAAAGUGAGAAACUGCUGACGUGGAACUUAGCUGUCAGAGACUUUCACAUCCUGGUCAACCUAGUGAAGGUGUUUGAUUCCAGGCCAGUACUUAACGUGUGCUUAAAGUAUGGACGGCUUUUUCUGGAGUCUUUCCUGAAGUUGGGGAUGCCGCUAUUAGACUACAGUUUCAAAAGGCACAAGGAGGACGUCCAGAGUUUGCUGAAGACCUUCCAGCUCAGCACUCGGCAGCUACACCACAUGUGUGGUCAUUCCAAGAUUCACCAGGAUACCAGCUUGACCAACCAUGUGCCAGCUUUGAAGAAGAGCCUGGAGCUGUUUUUAUACAGAGUGAAGGCCAUGCUGACGCUCAACAACUGCCAGGAGGCCUUUUGGAUGGGAAACCUGAAGAAUCGGAACCUGAAGGGUGAGGAGAUUCUUUCUCAGAGGUCACAAGGAAGUGAUGAUGAUGAAGAAGAGGAGGAGGAUCAAGGGUUGCCGCCACAACAGGAAGAGUCAGAGGAUGAGGACCAGGAGAGUGACCCUAAGGGAAUUCCCAAAAAUAAACUAAAAGAUGUGGAUCAAGACGACUCUGACUAAUCCUAAAAUACUUGUUGAUUUCUACAUAUUACUGACGUUUGCUUUGGAUGAAAAGCUCAUUUUAAGGUUAACCAUUUAAGUUCUUGUGAUGUUUAAGAGGAAGUAAUGGCACUUUCUAAACUGAUAAAAUAGUUCUUGACCUGAAAGGAAAUAUAUUUUAUUGUAGUUUCUGUUCCUUUUUUUGAAUGUGGCAAAAACAUUUUAAGUACAUGAAUGCAACAAACAUGCAGUGUGCCUAAUAAUUGUCAAUGGAUGCUUGUUAA